AUGCUGCUGGCUCUUCUCUUUCCGCUUGCUUCCUUCGUCUACGCGGAUAUUCCGCCUGCUGAACUGCAGAACUUCAGCGCCACCAUUGAUGUUCUUGCUGGCACCUUCGAUGCGGUGAAUUCGAACGAUGGAUUUGCCACGUUGGCAUCGAUUGCGUACACAGGAGAUGGGUCGACUCCGAGAAGCAUGAUGGAGAUUCAAUUUUCCCCGCCAGAAUUUUGUCAAGCUGUGAAGAUUUGCGUGACAAAAAAGGUGAGUUUUGAGAAGACCAAUCCGCUGAAAAUCGAAUCGGAGUAUUGUGAGAAAAAUUGGAUGACAUAUCAACCACCGACGGGAAAGAUCGAGGUGUUUUUCGAUGGAAAUCUGAUGUUUCAAGGGUUUACCGGUGAACUGAAGUGGAAAAAUGGCAAUUUCUCAUAUUCGGAUGGCUUGUUUUGGACCACCAAGUUGUAUAAGACGAAGAGUGCGGUGUUUGGUGAAAAGUUGACGCAGAAGAUGUUGGUGAUAUUCACCAACAGUCGACAAUGUCAUCCACAAGUUCGGGUUGAUGGGAAAGCGAGUCGAGUGGAUUUUUUGUUGUCGCAGUGA